AUGGCCACCGACUCCGAUAGCUACAAGAAGUGGAAGGCCGUUGUACCGUUGUUGUACGACUGGUUCGCGAACCACAACCUGACCUGGCCAUCGCUGACAUGCAGAUGGGGGCCGAAGCUGGACGAGUCCACUUACAAACGGAAGUACAGGAUCUAUUUCUCAGAACAGACCGAUGGCACCGACCCCCAAAAAAUCACUGUGGCGACAGCAGAAGUAUGCAAGCCACGGGUUGCGUCGUCAGAGACUGUCACCAACUGGAACGAAAUGAACAAGUGCCCAUACAUCAAGGUCCAGAAGACAAUAAAUCAUCCCGGAGAGGUGAACAAGUUGCGAGACAUACCACAGCACCCUGACCUCAUUGUUACUCACACAGACGCACCUGAACUGUUUGUCUGGAAUGUCGACAAGCAGCUUGGCAAGGGUGCUACAGAUAAGAAAUCUCAAGCAGCUGCACCUGACAUGAUACUUGAAGGGCAUCAGGAGAAUGCGGAAUAUGCACUUGGCAUCAGCACUGUGCACCCCAUGGUUGCAAGCGGAGGCCGAGACAAAAAGGUGCUCCUAUGGGACUUGCACGAUGCUGUGACAGGCCUGCUUGCUGCUGGGGCUUCAGAAAGCAGGCCUGCUUCCAGUCAAUCAAGCCCUGCAAAGACUCCCAAACUGAAGGAGCGGAUAAUGCUGGAGGGCCACAAAGAUAUUGUGGAGGACCUGGUGUUCCAGCCAGGCAGCGGUGAUUGCCUGGCGAGCGUUGGGGAUGACUACAACAUUCUUCUUUGGGACACCAGAAGUGGCAAAGGACCUGUGGCAAAGGUUGAGCGCGCACAUGGUGAGAGCGACUUGCACUGUGUCGACUGGAGUUCACUGGACGAGUACCUUGCAACAGGGUGUGCAGAUGGGAGUCUGAAGAUUUGGGACCGGCGAAAGUUCGGAGCAGCAACCGAUGUGGUGAAGACAUUUCCAAUGCAUCGCAAAGCUGUGCUGAGAGUCGAGUGGAGCCCUCACAAGGCGGGCGUUCUUGCCAGCAGCGGAGAAGAUUGCGUGAUAUGUGUGAUGGACCUGAACCAGAAACCUGGCAGGCAGGUGGAAUCGCAAGAGAUAAAAAGAAUCAAACGCGCCGUACCGCAGGAGUUGCUAUUCCAGCAUGUGGGCCACCGCUCAAUGGUCGUCGAUUUUCAGUGGAACCCUCUUGAGCCCUGGACGAUGCUGAGCGUCUCGGACGAUGUGAGCCCUGAGUCAGGCGGAGGGACGCUUCAGAUGUGGCGCAUCAAUGAUCUCAUCUACAGGCCAGAGAGUGAAGUGUUGCAGGAACUAGAGCAGCACAGGAAUUGGAUUUUGUACGGGAAGGCUGGGGCUCCUGCAGAGUCAGUGCCAUCCACUGAAGCAACCCCUAUUGCAACACCGGGAACCACUCCUGAAAGCUUGAAAGAUGACCAUCGAAAGCCUGGCGGGGAAAGCACCACCUUUGUUGCAGAAGCCAUGGAAACAGACGAUGUUGUGGUGGCAACUUCGUCUGCUGCUGAGGGAGGUGGCUUAGUGGUCGAUGCCAAACCUGAUGGUGCCACCUUCAUGACAAAUACUCAGGGGACUGUGGCCGUGACGAUCGAUGCACCCAUGCAGAGUGUGCAAGGCACCCUGACAACACCCAUAGCCACAGGGACAGAUGCAUUGAGCCAAGUUGUGUCAAGAAACUCAGGUGGCACACCAUCAAUGGAUGGGGCAAAGAGCAAUUGA